CCAGAGCUCCCUACUCAACUAUGCAACACAAGUCUUAGUUCUAUCCUUCACUUUAAUGUAUAAUAAUUUGUUCCAAAUCAAAAUGAAAAACUUAGGGAAGUUGGGCCAGUGGUCCUUUCUAACAGCUGCUUUGGCAAUUUGCUUAGUAGCCAGCACUGUUGUUGCUGAUUACUCUUAUGAGUAUACUUCUCCCUCACCUUCUCACAACUCUAACAAGUACUACAAAUCACCAUCUCCAUCCAAGUAUCAUGCACCCACUCCUUACUACAAGAAACCUUCUCCAUCACACUACUACUACAAAUCACCAGCACCUUCAAAGCACGCCUAUUACAAGUCGCCAUCAUCAGUAAAAUAUUACAAAUCACACUUACCAGCAAAAUAUUACAAGUCGCCCGUUGUAACAAAGUAUUAUAAGCCACACGCUCCUUCAAAACAUUACUACAGAGCGCAUGUUCCUUCAAAGCAUUACUACAAAUCUCCAUCUCCUUCAAAAUACUACUACUAUAAGUCACCAGUUGCAACCAAGCAUUACAACUCACCCACUCCCUCAAAGCAUUAUUACAAGUCACCUAGUCCUUCAAAGUAUUACUACAAGUACCCAUCACCCGCAAAGUACUACAAGUCACCUACUCCGUCAACGCACUAUUACUACAAGUCACCAUCCCCAGCAAAAUAUUACAAAUCACCUGCUCCAUCUAAAUACUACAAGUCGCCUUCUCCAACGAAAUAUUACAAGUCACUAGUUUACUACAAGUCUCCACCACCACCAACUUAUUACGAGAAGUCACCUUCGUACUACAAGUCACCUCCCCCUCCACCAAAAUACUACGAGCAGUCUCCUAAGUACUACAAUUCACCCCCACCCCCACCAAAAUACUAUGAACAAUCACCAUCAUCUUACAAAUCUCCGCCACCUCCUCCAAAAUACUACGAGCAAUCACCAACAUAUUACAAGUCUCCACCUCCACCAAAAUACUAUGAACAAUCACCAUCAUCUUACAACUCUCCGCCACCUCCACCUAAAUACUAUGAGCAAUCACCAACCAAGGUGUUUGCCAUUGCACUAUGCUCAACUUCUCUUGUCUGGUUUUUAUAUGGCCGAGAAAGAGGGAGAAGGUUUACUCCUCAUUCGUUAAUUUUAAACACAUCUGAGCAAGUAGUGGUGAAAAUUUAA